AAGCAUAAUGUCAGGCGUGUGAUCCAGUUGACCGCGAUUCAGUUGGAUUCAAUCGCUUUCCCUGUGUGGUUGACCAUUUGAACGGGUGGUUGUAGUUUGAAUUCGUUCGUGUAUCCUUAGGUAUAAGAUUAACCCUCAAUUACAGCGAUUCAAACAGAACUGAGCGCGAAAGAGCAUCACCAUGAAGUUAGUGGCGUCGGUAACGGCGUGUCUGCUGGUGGCCGCCCUGCUGCUAACCAUCGGCGUACAAGCACAGGAGAAUGUGCUCACCCGGGUGGCACCGUCGAUGCUGGAGUGCUACGAAAAUGCGCACAUCUUCGAACGUGACAAUCGGCUACCGAUGACGAUGAACAUGCUGAUCGAGCUGAUCCGCAAGGUGGAGGAUUCGCCCGGAUUCCAGCAGGACAUCCGUCAGCUGGCCAUCAGCAUGCUGCAUCGCUUCCGGCAGGACGGAAUCGUGCGUGCCCCGGGAGUGUCGAGCAUAUCCGGCGUCAUUCCCUUCAGCCCGACCGAGUUCCAGUUUACGAAGCAUCGUGUGUUGUUUUCCCGGCUGCUUCCUGGCAAUGCGGUCAACUUCCCGAAUGCUACGCUGAGCAUCGACGAGCGGUGUGCACUCCAUUUCAUGCUAUCAAACUCGAUCGAUCGUCGUGUGCGCGGUGAUGAGAAUGUUCGCUGUGCGCAGCUGUCACAGUAUCGAGCCGCUCGUGUACCGCGCGAACUAGACUUCAAGGAUCGGUCCCGGAUGCGCUCGAACUAUCUCGGGGACAACGAGAUGCUUGAACAACCGGAAAUGGAUCGCAUUCGGGAGCACAUUAAGAAGAUCAAGCACAAGGCUUCAUCGGCCGCUCGGCUCGAGAUGGACCCGGACGAAGAUCAUCCCGACGAGGAACAGCAGGAAGCAGCCGUAGAGGAGGAGGGUGAACCCCAGGAGGAACCGGUUGCUGCGGCAGCCGAAGACGAAGAAACGGGUGAACCGCUGGAGGAAGAUGGAGCACUCGGGGAGAUGGGAGACGUAAGUUUGGUGGACAUUGCGUCGAACGCUAUCAGUGCGUGUCCGGUGGAGAAUGGAGUGGUCUACACACCCUGGGGCUCGGUAAUGGCCGGCACUGUGUUGGCGGGUAUCGCCGCAGGCUUGGAACCACAAACCGUACAGUUGCGUGAUCUGAUGGCACGAUCGGACCAGUACAGCAAUCGCCAGGUACAGCCAAUGCGCGUCGACAACCGGUGGGCAGCGACACUGACGGGAGAUUUGGCCGAAGUCAGUCUGCUGCAUGCACCGGCCGCUGGGGACAAUGUGCAGGUAGGAGCGGCCGGAGCAUGGAAUCGUACCGUGGCCCCUCGGUGGUAUUUCCUCAGCCAGCGCGAACACCUGCAGAUGACCGACACGGAGAUCCGGGCAGGAAUCGAUGGACUGCUGCUGGCAACGAACAUUGCCGAGUGGCGCAGCCGGGCGAACAACCUUCGGCUGAGCCAGCUGCUGGACAUGUACUACUCGCAUCGCGGUGUGUUUAAUGAUACGGUGCGAUCGUGCAACCGUCGGGAUCUCUUUACGACCGUGGCUCCGAUGCAGCAGCUGCGCGAGCAAACGGUCGCGUUCAGUACGGUGUUGGACAAGGAGAUGCAGAUGCCGUUCACGAUCACGCAGAAUGCCACCAUUAACUUUGCGGACCGAUCGGUGGAUGCGCUCGCGAACUACAUUCCGACUGCACUAAACGAUCUGACGUGCGACGCGACAGCGAUCGUAAUGAACGAUCCAACAGUCUGGAGAGCGGCAUCCGAUUUGUACAUCUUUGUCGAUGCUGCCUGGCCUCAUCGGGAUGUGUACUCCGUUGUAUCUAACAUUCUGGAUUCGGUCGAAGUCGGUCGUUUUGGUACGAACUAUACCAUUCUGAACGCUCGCGAUGGUAACGUGAUCGUUAACACGACUCAGUUCCUCUCGGACUUCCACAUGACUUACACACCUGCACUGCAUCAAACUCUGCCUACCGGACUAAACAUCCCGAACGUGUUCCGCCGUAUGCGGGAGGAAACGAACAACCUGAUGGCUGCCGAACGCCGUACCAACCAUCUUAGCGGACGCUCCAAGAUUGCCCUCAUGAUCGUGCACACGGACCGGGUAAGCGAAGGUGACACCAACUUUGCCAUUCAGCAUCUGCAAAUCUUCCGCGAGGAAGUGCCAGAUCUACGGUUCCUCUAUCUGGCCGCCGGAGAUCCGGGCCGUUUCAAUCGGUUCGUGCGUGACGAGCGGCGUGAUGUGUUCCCGUUGCGUGAGCUGGAGUCCGGUUCGGUGGUGGAUACGAUUCGCGUGCAGCUAUCGCCCGUGAUUCACCGAAUACAGCAGGAACCGAGAAGGAUUGUGAACCCGCGCUGUGGCAACGACUGGGUGCAGGAAAACUGGGGCUCGAACUCGAUGAACCAGUUUGUGGAACCGCGCGGUGUGAACUUCUACCGGCUGCAUCCGAACUACUUCUUCCGGGAAGGUAACAACCGACGCUUCCGCAUCCAGGGCCACGGAUUUGCGACGCUAACCGUUUGCCAUUCGCGUUGGGUUGAACGUCCCAGGCAAAAUUCGACCGAGAAUCGAGAUUCGAUCCAGUGCCGCACCAUCAACACCGACGCGUACGAUGUUGAUCUGUCCAAUGCUUGCGAUGGCCACUCGGUGAUUCACACCUGUCCGCCGUUGUUCGUGUCGGUGGAGGGACCGCCGAACCCUCCCGCCGUUAUCCGUUGUUCCGAGCCGGAAUGUCGCUUCCCGGAUAAUGCGCGGUUUGCGGUCGUGCUCGACAAUAUGGGUUGCUUCAGCGGUGCUAGUCGGACGGUCAGUUCACUGCUAAUGGCAGCCGUGGCAGCGUUGAUACUAACACUGUUUAAGCAAGCGUAAGAGCUUGGUAACAUUAGAUCAAGGUUUAGUUUAAAAUCGUUUCGUUCCGACAGCUUCAGUGGCCUGCUAGUGUUAAGAGACCGUAGGUACAACCGUAACUGUAUCGCUUUUCCCAUUACACGUCCAUAGAGAUACCAGUUAACUGAAUGACAGAAUGCAGAUCGUUUGACCGGUGCUGUUUGUAGCCACCGAUGACAUACCGUAAAUUAGUGUUCGUUCAAUAAACAUUUAAUUGUAAUACAUCUA